AUGCACAGAAACAAAAACCUUUCUGCUACUUCUUUCACCAGCAGAAAUCCCCUCUAUUCCGCUCACUUCACUUACUCUCGCUUAUCCCAGACGCACAAACCUUUCUUCUGCAACCUUCUGCUCGAUCCAUCAAUUCUAUCCAACAUAUUCUGCCUUGUCCCCAUCUACCCAGACUUAUCACUAUGGGAAGAGACAGGGCGAAUGUCUGCAACAUUUGCGGUGGCCCACUUGACUGUUAUGGUCUCCGCCAACGCUCAACCUCAGAAAAGGGAGAUUAUGGGCGGCUCCUUUAUAGUGAUGACUGUGACUGCUCUAGACCGGGUGAUUCUGAUUAUGACCCCGAUGAUGAUAGUUUGGAAGCUCUGGAUCGACAUGAUGAAAUGUGUACGAUACAUUACGGGCUUCACGGUGGUGUUAUAUCUGAGCGUGCUAUCCGGUGGCUUGACAGUGUUCAAAUGCUUCGAAGCAGGAAUUUUCUCAAUCCAGAAACCAACUCGGCGGUCUCAGACGCACAAGAUGGGCCAACAGAAGAAGGUGGCGCUUACUUGA